AGUGUCGAGUAUGGCAAGAGCACGUGCUGCGUAGGAUUAAAAAAAUUUCACUAAAUUUUCUCUAUGUGGUAAAAAAACAUCUCGUAUUUAUCAUUAUUUAUCCUUUUUAUAGUUGAAUACAUGUAUUUUUUAUGGGGGAUGAAGGUUGCCCUCGGAGCAGCGGCAGCCAUUACUGGGGCCAGUGCCCUGAUCUAUAUAAUCCUAAGGUCACGAAAGUGGCACACAGAGCAGGGAGGCAAGGAUGGCCCGAGCCCCAGGCGCAAGGUUGGCACACUUAGUGAAGUGUCGUCACAUGAAAAAUCAGGCGUGCAUGUGGGGGGGAAAACUGAGCCCCACAGGGAGUCCAAAGAUCUCCAGGAGAAGAAUAACUAUGUUUCCUAUAAGAACCUGAAUGGCCAUGUUCCAGCAGAGGAAAACAGUGAUUUGUCACCUGAUGAUUUUGCACCCAGAAGUGAAGGGCUUUUGGAUGGGGAAAAGAAGACCAGCCAGGAGGUAAACACUGGUAAAUGUGGGCCUCCUGAAGUCGUUGCCUCCAAUGCAACUAAUGAGACACGAGACAGUUGCAAGGAAUCUACAGUGAAGAUUGACGUGCUCACAUCCUGCAUCGUGACCCUGAAUGCUCCUAGCUGUUUGGGUGACGAAUGCCAGCUGGACGAGAAGGAGAGGUCUUUGCCAGUGAAGGAUGAACUGGAGCUGAAAGCUGAUAAGGAAGGAAUUGAUGGAAGCCAUGUGGAUGUUAUCCCCUCCAAGGAAAAUGAAGUUGCUCAGCCUCUUGAAAGUGCCAAAGCAGACACUGCAGAAGCCCCUGGUAGCUCUCCUAAUAGUACUCUGGAGUCUAGCAUUAUUAAUAGGCCAGAGGGUGUAUCAUCAAGUGAGAAGGAAGCCGAUCAGGCAUGUCAACAGGAUGAUAACUAUAGCAAUGAUAGAGACAUGCAGGAGGACAUUGUACAAGUCACAAAGAUGUGUCUUAGAGAAGCAUUACCUGAAGACCAAGAUGUGCCAAGAAUCCCCGAAGGAGAAGUAGACAAGACUGACACGCCACCAAGUACAAACAUAGAGACCCAAAUCACAGCCUCUGCAUUGUGUGUGGAAGAAUCUGUAAAUUGUAAUGAUACAGGCAAAGUACAAAAAUCUGAGUCAUCACUUCCAAAUACACAGAAUGAAGAAAUAGUAAAUGAGGUGAAAGAUGAGGCAAAAGAAGAAUUGACUUUAACUUUACCUGCCAGUGCUCUUGAAAAGAUAAAGAAUGUAGCUGUGAUGGAAAGCAAACCAGAAUUAGAAACAGAGGCAAGUAACCAAAAAGAAAGUAAUGUAGAGGUUUCUAGCAGUAAUGGAGAUGCAAUUUCUAGUGAGACCACAAAAAUUGAUAGUUGUGAAGAGAUAGUAGUGGAGAAAAGAGAGCUGGAUUGUUUGGAAGAAGGAAAUAAGUUGGAACAAGAUGAUGGAAUCCAACAAGAUAUUAGUUUGGUGGAGGCUGAAUCUGUUGUUCCACAUGAGGCAUCUCCUAAUGCACCCGUCAUCAAAGAAAACCAUGUUGAUGAAGCUGUAGUAGUUAAUGGAAUUGAGAUGUCUGAUAAUGCCACUAGUGUUCAGAAAAAUGUUGAUGAAAAAGUUGAGAUUAUUCCCAAUGUGACAGCAGAGGUUAUUCCAAAUAUGACAGCUGAGAUUAUUCCCAAUGUGACAGCUGAGGUUAUUCCCAAUGUGACAGCCGAGGUUAUUCCUAAUAUGACAGCUGAGGUGAUUCCCAAUGUAACAGCCGAGGUUAUUCCUAAUACAACAACUGAGAUUAUACCUAAUAUGACAGCUGAGGUUAUUCCCAAUGUGACAGCUGAGGUUAUUCCUGCAGUUGACACUGUGCCAGAUUGCAAUGACAAACAGAUUUUGAAUUGGGCUGCUGAAGUGCAGGAAGAAAUUGCGAGGGAAAAGGCUGAACUGCACACGGCUGAGCUUGAGCCAAAGCACCCUGUCUGCAAAGUCCAGGUGUCUGAGGCUCCUCCUAAGAGCGCCGAACAGAAAUCAAACAAAAAGAAUAGUGCAGUGUCCGCAUCGAAAGACGGCUCAAAGCAAGGCAGCACAAAGAAGCCCGCGAAGGAGGCCUCGGAAAAGGGCAGGAGGAGGAGAGGCGGCAAGCAGGCCCCCCCUCGUAAUGAAGUUCCACCUGAGCCCAAAACCAACAACAACGUAAGCCAGACGAAGGAAAAUUCCCAGACUGUAGGGGUGGAGCCAGCCGUUACCGACCUGGAAAACUACCCUGUGUCCGAGCCCGACAGCCACAACUGCGACUCACAAAGCUUGAAAUCGAUUGACAGUGGCCAGGGAAGCAUUGAAGUAGAACCCGAGACUGUAUUUAACCCAUCGGCAUGUCCAGUGUUCAGCCAAGAGCAGUUUUUGUUUUAUGAAUUUGAAAUCCCACAGACACUGGUAGGAAGGUUGAUUGGCAAGAAAGGAGCCUUUGUAAACAAGAUCAAGGCUACCACUGAUGCAACGCUUAUAGUGUAUCCACACAAGAACAGAAGGCUAAAGUUAUGUUCCGUUGAAGGUACCAGACAGCAGGUUGAUGCAGCCAUAAGGAUGAUCAGAGACCACUUCCCCCUUGACAGAUACCCUGACGUCACCCUAGAGCAAGUGUCAGGGAGAGGGCCCGUGCAGCCUGCAGUUCAGCCCACCGUCAACACGCAAGCCAUGCAGAUUGAACUGACAGCUGGUGUGGUGGUGGAGGUGCGUGUGAGUUCAGUCAUGAGUGGCGGGGAAUUGUGGGUGCAGCAGCCUCUCCACCCCUCCUUCUCUGCCCUUCAGCGCCUCCACUCCUGCAUGAACCUCAACUAUGGGGACGGCUCGAACACCCCACCCUUGCCUGUGCCUAUUCAAGAAGGAACUGUGUGUGUAGGCCAUGUUGCCAGACAGUGGAUGAGAAGCCAGGUAUUAAGUUGCACUGAAGAAUCUGCCGUGGUGGUAUUACUAGAUGUCGGUGGAGUCCUCAACCUCCCCACAUCAGACCUUAGACAGAUUCGUUAUGACUACAUGACGCUCCCUUUCCAAGCCUCUCAGUGCCUGUUGCAUGGAAUCCAGCCUGUUGGAGAAGACGGCUGGGAUGACACGUCUGCAGCUGUGCUCGAAGAACUGGUCAGUGGCACAAUCCUUUUCACCACCGUGGUCUCGUAUACUGAAGAUGGUGUACCUCUAGUCAACCUCUACAGAAGACAGCAGGAUCAGUACAUCAACCUGAACGAGAAGAUGGUACACCUUGGCCACGCGAAGUGGAUAGCCCCCCCCUCGGCAAGCUGAGCUUGACCAUAGUCGCUAGCCACCUAAGUUACCUGUGACCUUUCCUUUUUGUACCAUUUUGUAAGUGGUAUGAAGGAAUAUGUUGAACUUCAGUAUAUGUGAAGAAGAGAAAGUAUACUGUGAUCAAUGUUGUUUUUGUAAGUGUUGUUCUCUCUUUUUUUUUCAUUUUUUCUUUUAUUUUCUCUUUCUUUUUUUCUUUUUUGCAAUUUAUGGAAUAAUGGCAUAUGAAUUUUUUUCAAUUUUUCUUUUGUUUUCUUUUUUUUUAAUUUCUAUUUUAGAUGAUAGUUAAACAUUUAGAUUUUGGUUUAUUUUUGCAACAGGAUUCUAAAUACAGAAAUUCAUAUCCAUUUUUUCAUCAUACCUCUUUUAUUUCCCUCUCUGUUCUGCUUUCUUGGAAACAUUGCUCAUUUCCCGUCAUUUCCUUUCAUUUCAUCAACAAGCGUACUGAACAAAUAACACAAAUGACAUGCAUACAUAACCAGAGAAAUAGAAUAAAAGAGAGAAAAAAAAAAGACUUCCUGACCCCCACAGACAAAAUACAUUGUUACUGCACAUGCAUUGUGUUUUUUCUAUAGCGUUCACAGAGAUAUCAAGACUUUGAAAGUGCCUAAGCAAGCUAGUUGUUACAGGUGAGCCUGGCUUGCUCCCUAAUCAGCUGGUUUGACACAAGUUUUUUGUGAAUUCUCCCCUACCCCCCCUCCCCCUUCCCUGCUCCUUCCUCUGCCUGUGCCCAGAGUUGCCACCACAGCAUAGACUGUUCAUUGCGUUCAUAUUUUCCUAACGUCUUCACUGGUUCGUAAAGAGUCUACAGCGCGUAGUUUUAAGAAACCCUAGCGGAUGUGGAAAUCCUAUUUAUAUUUGCGUUCGAGAGAUAUUUAACACUUUUUAUUAUUAUCAAGAGCUUUUCCCUUCUUUCAGAACAUGAUUAUUAAAGUGAAUAAAAAUGUAAGUGUCAGCUAGCCCAUGUGUAUUUAUAUAUAUAUAUAUAUAUAUAUAUAUAUAUAUAUAUAUAUAUAUAUAUAUAUAUAUAUAUAUAUAUAUGUACAAUGAUAAAGUACAAGAUGCAGUGAAUAUUAUGGACUGUAGUCUUUGGUAAUUUACGUGAUAGUUCUAAAGGAAAAUCAAAAUAGUGAAUACAAAAUAAAAAAACAAAUAAAAAAACAGCUUGCCAUAACUUUUUAUACAGUUGCUAGCAUGUAGUCAUCUGAAAUUUCACAGUCUAAUGUAGUUCUUUCAAAACUUUUCAUUUACAAGUUUAAUUCAUGGGAAAAGUAUGGUUGUGAAAGCUAGAUUCAUCAACAGUACUCGUGAAUUAUUGUUAUUGUUACAAAUUUGAGAUUAUGUUAGCUAUUAGUUCUGUCAGUAUCAUUUAUCAUUAUUUUCUAUUUUGUUACAUUAUUCAAAUAUUUUUUACGACUUUGAAAGACUGCCGAAAUUCAAGCUAGUCAGUAUACGAGGUUUGCUUAAUCUCACUAUGUAAUUUUGCAAACUUCUUCAAAAAUCUGCUCUUGGAACAAGUGUAAAGUCUUAAGGGGAGGUGGCAUGCGUAUUGUUGGACAGUGUCACGGUUGUAUGUGUGGUCGAUGUACUUCAGUUGUGAAAGUGAGACUAAGGGUUAUUAUUUAAUAAUUUAAUUUCCUGGAAUUGAUUCCUUUUCUCUCCUUUUUCUUUCUUCGUAUCUCUCUUCCUCUACCCUUCUUGAAGCUGAUAUAGUUUGUGUGAGACCAGUACUUGUCCAUCCUGUGUGUAAUGCAAGAGGGCAAUUUCUCAGAAGCAGCUGCGGAACUAGAGUAGAAAAGAGAAGACCUUUUAAGCCUGGUCGGGAACAGUAUAGCGAGAAUGGAUUUGCCCAAAGCUAAGUAUUGAUAAUACUCUGGAAAGCAGGUAUUAGAUUUAUCUUUGAACGUCAUUAUAUAUUUGGAAAUUGUUGUUAGUGACUGUGCUAUAUAUUCAGUUUUGUAUUAUGCAAUUGAGAUCCGUCUCUUGAGCUUAGUGUCUUGAUAUACUACUACAAAAUUAUUUAUAUAUUCAGUGUUUAUUCCAUGUAAUGUAAAAAUAGGAAAGUUGUGGAAAGUUGUUAGAAAAGGAUGUGUUCUUGAAGGUCUCUCUUUGCAAUAUAGGUUGAUGCAAAGGAGAUUCAUUUUUUUUGUCAUAGCAUAUUAAGAGAAUGAAGUAAUAAGUCACUUUUGUCAUAGCUUGGAAUUUAACAAGACCUGAAUCUCUUGCAUGAAAAUAGGUGUUGGAGGGAGUAAUACAGCUAUACCUGGUGUUUUCUUAUUAUUUUCCUUUAUUCAGUUCAGCUUCCCCGAUUGAUAUGUUAUAUUUAUGCAUAUGUAGAAUUUUCUCAGCAAUAUUUAGGGUUUCCAGCAGUUAAACAUGUAUAGUGAGGAAUAUGGUUGUUUCUUUCCUUGAUGCUCAUUUUCUAGAGAAAAGAAAAUUGUAAAAAGAAAAAAAAAAAAAAAAAAAAAAAAGUGUAGAAAAGGAUUAAGAUAAACAUGAGACGUCCAUGAAGUUUGUACUUUAAACAUUACUUAUUUAGAUUGCUAGUUUAUAUCCCAGAUUUUUCGGUUGCAGUUCUCAUGGCUUUUUGAUUGCUUUACUAUUGCAAAGGAUGAGAUAGUUAACCAUUUGUGUUGUGAAUAACAAAAAUGAAGAUGGUUGACUGAAGUAUCAUACAUACAUCCUUUUUUUGGUCUGUAUUUACAGGAUCUUGAGAUAGUUUUCUUUGUGUGGUGGGGUUCUUGUAGAGCCUGUAGGAAGUGUUAAAAAGAAUUUGAUAUUGAAGUGACUGUUAUGAAAGGAACUGACUUCAGUGAUGUACCCAUUGUGUUCAGUAUAAGCUGCUGUUAAGUUAUAAAAGUUUACUUUAUAUUGGUGUGUUACAAUUAUGAUACAGAGAUAACCCAGUGGAAUUUUUACCAAAUGUUGAUAAAGGAAAAAAGUUUGUAAAUUUAGAAAUAUAAUUAUUUAUCAGACUAUAUCUAUGUGUUGUGUGAUGUCUAAGCAUUAAUCACUUUAAAAGAAAAAUUUAAUUGAAGUUUCAAGAAAAAAAGAAAAUUGUUUUGUACCAUUUAAACAUGGAAACAGGAGACAAGAUAAAGAUUACAAGAAUUCACUGCUAUUUUGACUAUAGAGGCAGUGUCCAAGUCGUCUUCUAAACUUAAGGGAAAAUACAUUAGUUGUCCUUCAGGAUUUUGGAGACUUAGUCGAGUUGCUAUUUUGGAUUGAAGACUCGCUCUCAAGGCCUCAGGGGUGUGUGAGAUCUUUUGUCAGAAAACGUUGUACUGUAUGUCCUUUGUCAUGAUAUUCCAACGACUGUAUUCUGUGGUAUUCAGAAAAGGGCGGCAUUGAAUUUAUGAUAAUACAUGUUGAGAAACAUUAGCACUCUCUUCUUGUGUGCUUAAAUAAUAGCUUCAACUGUCUUCUCUCUCGUUGUAUUUUCCUGCAUUUGCCCUAUCUUUAUUCUGCUUUCCUUCUUGGUUUCAUCCUCAUCUCCCAUUUUCAGAAACAUCACCCGAAGAAUCAUCUUUGAUAUCGCUCGAUCGCAAGCGGCGAAUCAAGCGAUAUGAAACUUGAAUCUUUACACACACACAUUGUUUGUAUUGCAGGCUGUAUUCUCUUUAUGAAUAGAUGUGGAUGGAGGGGCUUUCCUUCUGUUUCCAUAUUAAUUUUUUUUGUCACAAGUAAUAAUGUGUUACAGUUGAUGGGUGACAAUAAUCUUUGAAACUUCUGAAUUUAGGUUAGAGACAAGAUGAUUAUAAUUAUAAGAUUAGUUAAGGCUAUUUUGUAUUAAAAAUAUGUAAAUAUAUA